GCUUCCGGGGGCUUUUAGGGUUUUUCUUGGCUGUUUAUAUUUCCUUUUUUUUUUUUUUUGGUUAUCGUUUUGGCUUCAGCUUAUUUCUCUCAACUAAAAAAAUGACUGCUCAAACAGACAAAGAGGUCGAAGAGAUCCUCGCCGCUCAUCUCGAUCAACAGAAAAUCCAUUCUGAGCAACCCGAACAACCUGUAGUUGAAGAUGACGACGACAACGAUGACGACGACGAUGAUGACGAUGACAAGGAUGAAGAUGAUGCCGAAGGCCUUCAUGACGUAGAUGGAACUGGUAGGUCAAAGCAAAGCAGAAGUGAAAAGAAGAGUCGUAAAGCGAUGUUGAAGCUUGGGAUGAAACCGAUUCCGGGUGUUAGCCGGGUCACGAUCAAGAAGAGCAAGAAUAUCUUAUUCGUCAUCUCGAAUCCAGAUGUCUUCAAGAGCCCUGCAUCGGAUACAUAUAUAGUGUUUGGAGAGGCUAAGAUUGAGGACUUGAGCUCACAACUGCAGACUCAAGCUGCUGAGCAGUUUAAGGCUCCGGAUCUCAGCCAUGUGAUCUCCCAACCCGAGCCAUCGACUGUGGCCCAGGACGAUGAGGAAGUGGAUGAGACUGGAGUCGAGCCAAAAGACAUUGAGUUGGUGAUGACACAAGCAGGAGUGUCGAGAUCAAAGGCUGUGAAGGCACUCAAGGCUGCAGAUGGGGACAUUGUAUCUGCUAUAAUGGAGCUAACAACUUAAAUGAACAUGGUGUGUGUUAGCGAAAGUUGAUGGAUUUUGCACUAGUAAAUGUGUUCUAUGAGAAUUGCGUGUUAUGUCAUAGUCACAAGUUUUAAUGCGAUGUUGUUUUGGUGACUUUUUUGUUUUUGUUAUUUUAAUCAUUUUCAUUAGUUGAAUUGCAAUUUCUAGUCACUCUAUUUGUUAUGAAAUGUUGGUAUAAUUAGAGUUGUGGUGGCAAUCAGGCAGGUUCUGGUUGGGUUAUUUUAGAUUUA